AUGGAUUCGAAGGAUAAGGUGAACUCAGCGACAAUUCCGAAUAUUGUAAAGUUUGCAUUUGGUGGGACUGCAGGGAUGGGUGCUACUUUGUUAGUGCAACCGUUGGAUUUGUUAAAAAAUCGUAUGCAGCUUAGUGGAGUAACUGGUAAAAAAGAAUCCCGUUCAAGUUUACACGUUCUAAGGAGUAUCAUAACAAAUGAGGGUUUUUUCGCGAUCUAUAGUGGCCUCUCUGCUGGUCUUCUACGUCAGGCUACUUAUACGACAACUCGUCUUGGCAUUUAUACCUGGCUGUUUGAGCAAUUUACGAAAGACGGAACAACAACUAGUUUUGCAACAAAGGCUGUUAUUGGUUUAACUGCUGGUGCUACUGGAUCAUUUGUUGGUACUCCUGCAGAAGUAGCACUUAUUCGAAUGUGCACCGAUGGACGACUUCCGCCAGAACAACGGCGACAAUAUAAAAAUGUUUUGGAUGCUUUGGUGCGUGUUGUCCGAGAAGAAGGAGUUUCUACGUUAUGGAGGGGAUGUGGGCCAACUGUUCUUCGAGCAAUGACAGUAAAUGCAGCACAACUAGCAACUUAUUCACAAAGUAAGGAAGCAUUAUUGUCGAGUAAAUUCUUCAAAGAAGGAAUGAUGUUGCAAUUUGCGGCUUCAAUGAUAAGUGGUCUUGCAACAACUUUAGCUUCUAUGCCAAUUGAUAUUGUUAAAACAAGAGUGCAGAAUAUGCGUAUGAUACAUGGGAAACCAGAAUACAGCGGUAUGUUGGAUGUAUGGUCUAAAAUUAUAAGUAAUGAGGGAUUUUUCUCGUUGUGGAAAGGUUUUACACCUUAUUACUUUCGUAUGGGUCCACACACUAUGCUAACAUUUAUCAUACUUGAGCAGCUCAAUGCGGCUUAUUUCAAGUAUAUUUUAGGCAUAGAGCAAACCCGUAGUACUCUUUAA